AUCUGUUUGUGUUUCCUCUCUCACUUGUAAUAAUAACAUGCUUAUUCUGAAAUGGGUUUUCGUCUGUUUAUCUAUUUCUCUCUUCUCCCCAACUUUAGCAAUCCGAUCAUUUUCAAAUCUAGUGAAAGAAAACGGGUUCUUUGAAGCUCCGGCUUACCAAAAUGCAGAAAACGGUUGUCCCCCAAUAUCAUCUCUCACUCACAUAGCCAUGACUAUUGAUUCUGAGUAUUUAAGAGGAUCAAUGGCAGCUGUUCAUUCUCUUCUAAAGCAUACUUCUUGCCCAGAAAACCUUUAUUUCCAUUUCAUUGCAGCCGAAUCCAAAAACCCAUCUCCACAAGACUUGGCUCAGAUCUUGAGAUCUUCAUUCCCUUCUUUGCCUUUCAAAGUCUACCCUUUUAACCAAGGACUCGUCAAAGACUUAAUCACUCCUUCAAUCCGACAAGCUCUUGAAAACCCAUUGAACUACGCCAGAACAUACAUAGCCGACAUUCUUGAUUCCUCAGUCCAUCGAGUUAUCUACUUAGAUUCCGAUGUUAUUGUCGUCGACGAUAUUCAGAAGCUUUGGGCUGUUGAAUUAACCGGGUCCAGAGCUAUAGGGGCACCGGAGUACUGUCACGUGGACAUUGGACGGUAUUUCACUGACGAAUUCUGGUCUGACCAAGAACUCUCCCAGGUCUUAAAUGGCGGCAACGAGAAUAAUAAUAAGAAGAAGGGUUGUUACUUCAACACAGGAGUGAUGGUGAUGGAUUUAGAGAGAUGGAGAGAAGGGAAUUACAGGUUGAGAAUAGAGAAAUGGAUGGAGAUUCAAAGAGAGAGGAGGAUUUAUAGUUUGGGUUCUUUACCGCCAUUCUUGCUGGUGUUCGCCGGAGAAGUUGAGGCCAUUGGUCAUCAGUGGAAUCAGCAUGGGCUUGGUGGGGAUAAUUUGGUAAAUAGCUGUAGGUCUUUGCAUCCUGGUCCGAUCAGUCUUCUUCACUGGAGCGGGAAAGGGAAGCCAUGGGUGAGACUAGACCGUGGGGAACCUUGCCCAAUCGAUCAUCUAUGGGCUCCUUAUGAUCUCUAUAAACAGAGAUGACAUUUUUGUCCAUAUGAUUCAUUAUUCAUUCAUUUGUAACAGAGAUUUUGUAUAGAAACAGAGUAAUAAAGAGACAAUCAAAUUCUUAUUGAAAUU